UCAGUUCAGUCAGAGCAGCUCUCACAUUAGUAAAGAGCCACAGCUGCAACGAAUGGAGGCGAACGGGUGGAAGACGCAUCUCCGAGGAAUCUGUUCGUUGUUUAAAUAGCCACCAAACGGAUGUCACCAAGAUUUUGCUUCAUCUAAAGACAUUUUAUCCCCAAAGGUGUUUUGUCUUCGUCCACACUAGUCGUAAUUGAACCUCCUUUUUCUUCUUUUUUUCCCCCCUUUUUUGCCUCCCUGACGAAAUCGACUGUCGUUCAAAAAGGGCGUGUGUGCGCGGAGUGAAGGCAGUUCGAACCGUUUCAUGAGGAGAUUUUAGAGGUUUGGUUUUUCUAUUUUUAUAACACAAAAGAUUCCUCUCCUGUCGGAGGGAGAGAGACAGAGAGUCCAGGAUGGGAUGCACACUGAGCACCGAGGACAAGGCGGCGGUGGAACGCAGUAAAAUGAUCGACAGGAAUCUGCGGGACGACGGAGAGAAGGCGGCCCGGGAGGUGAAGCUGCUGCUGCUGGGUGCUGGCGAAUCAGGGAAAAGUACAAUCGUAAAGCAGAUGAAAAUCAUCCAUGAAGCCGGCUACUCAGAAGAAGAAUGCAAGCAAUACAAGGCUGUGGUCUACAGCAACACCAUCCAGUCCAUCAUUGCCAUCAUCAGAGCCAUGGGCCGCCUCAAGAUCGACUUUGGAGACGCUGCACGAGCUGAUGAUGCACGGCAGCUGUUUGUGCUGGCGGGUUCAGCCGAGGAAGGCUUCAUGACAGUGGAGCUCGCCGGUGUCAUUAAGAGGCUUUGGAAGGACGGGGGCGUUCAGGCCUGCUUCAGCCGCUCCCGUGAAUAUCAGCUGAACGACUCGGCAGCAUACUACCUGAACGAUUUGGACAGAAUAUCCCAGGCCACCUACAUCCCAACUCAACAGGACGUCCUGAGGACUCGUGUCAAAACCACGGGCAUCGUGGAGACGCACUUCACGUUCAAGGAUCUGCACUUCAAGAUGUUUGAUGUUGGCGGUCAGCGAUCUGAGAGGAAGAAAUGGAUCCACUGCUUCGAGGGCGUAACCGCUAUCAUCUUCUGCGUUGCCCUCAGCGACUAUGACCUGGUGCUGGCCGAGGACGAGGAGAUGAAUCGAAUGCACGAGAGCAUGAAGCUGUUCGACAGCAUCUGCAACAACAAGUGGUUCACGGACACCUCCAUCAUCCUCUUCCUCAACAAGAAGGACCUUUUCGAGGAAAAGAUCAAGAAGAGUCCUCUGACCAUAUGCUACCCGGAGUACGCCGGCUCCAACACGUACGAGGAGGCAGCCGCCUACAUCCAGUGUCAGUUUGAAGACCUCAACAAGAGGAAGGACACCAAGGAGAUCUACACCCACUUCACCUGCGCCACAGACACCAAAAAUGUGCAGUUCGUGUUCGACGCCGUCACCGACGUCAUCAUCAAAAACAACCUGAAAGACUGUGGUCUCUUCUGAGGGCGUGGACGAGGGAGAGGAGGAAUAAAACGUUUUUGUUUCUUGGCGGUGAAGCCAGCUUUUGUGCAUCUUUGGUGGGGAAGAUGAGAGGAGUCAGGAGGAUCAGUCAUGGACCAGUGCUGUACUAUAUGCCACUU